AAGUUUAUCAAGUGCAUGAUUUAGUUUUUCAGUACUGAAAUAAUAUACUUCUCACUUCAGUUAAUAACGGAAGCAUUUGAAGAAUGGAAGAAAAGAAGUGGACUUGUGUAGUAUUUGGGUGUUUUCUGAGAGUCAUUCAGUUACUAUCAGUGAAUGCUGAAUUCAAAGCAGUAUCCAGGGACCAGCUUGGAUUCAAGUUCAUGAACUUCUUCCACAAACCUGGUACAGUUCUCACCGAUAGUUCCAUAACAGUGCACUCCAGUGUGACCGAUGUCUCGUCCUGUCAACUGAUGUGUUUAGACCACACAUCCUGUUUGUCCAUCAACGUCGGCAAGAAACCAAACCAAACGACUUUGGACUGUGAACUGAACAACUCGACGUCUUUGUUAAAACCACUCAGUUUGAAAAAACGAGAAGGUUUCGACUUCUAUGGUCUGGCUGAACCGUGUUUCUCGAGUUCUUGUUUGAAUGGAGGAACUUGUAUCCCCAACAUGAAUGAAGGCACGUAUCAUUGUAACUGCUCGACACAGAUACCAUAUCUCCCGUAUCUUGACAACCACUGCUCUGUGGAUCAUUCUGUGAUUAAAACAUCAGGGGUGUUUCACAACGUUUUCCACUUGGAAAUCACUAAAAAGGUCUACAGCAUGAACUAUUACGAAGCAGAAAGAGCUUGUGCUGUUAAAGGUGCUCAGAUGUCAAGCUUGAAGCAGUUGGAAGAUGGAUUCAGAGCUGGAUUCAGUUUGUGCAGUUAUGGUUGGCUGAUAGACGGCAAGGCAAGAUUUCCAAUUCUACAUCCAGUGCCUGGAUGCGGGUCAAGUCCAGGUAUUAAGGAAGAGACAACCCCAGAAGAUAAAUGGCAUUCAAGAUACAAUGUCUACUGUUACAAAGAAACAGAUAAUUGCAAUGAUAAAAACUGGCAUCAGAAUGACCAAGCUUGUUACAAGUUCUUUCUUGACACCAAGGUUCGCAAGGCGAAUGCUGCUCAAGCAUGCGUUCUCGAAGGCUCGAUUCUUGGAGUUUUCAACUCAGUGGCUAAGCUAACUUUCCUUCAAGACUACCUGCAAAGGAAGAACGUCACAGACGAACACAUUCUGGUGGGAUUGAGUCAGAAUGCUGUUGGCGCAUGGAAGUGGGCGAAUGGAGAAGCAGUUCAAUCCUCUCUCUGGAAUGUAAUCCAGCCAACUGGACCAAUAGGAAUAGUUAAUGCUGUCAUGAAGUCUUUUGACAACGUACCAGACAGUGACGAGUGGAAACUACCAUUUGUCUGCCAGAAGCAACUCCCUUGAUUUCAAGAUACAUGUAUUCAAAAAAAGGUUGUCAGAGCAAAAGAGAUAUAUAUGUAGAGGUAAUAGGGGAUAGGUCAUUUCAGCACCGAAAAGAUUGAUUUAUAUUUAACAGUGAAUGAUCGAAUUAUUCGUACUAAAUAUCUGAAUUAAAACUAACCUUGUGUUUUUGAGGGGAAUAAUAAUAAUAAGAAACACUCUAGACCUAGACCUAGCUAUUCUCGCUAUCUCCCACGGCACGAUCUUUGAUCUCCUAUCGCCUUUCUCCUUUAGCUCCAACAAGCCUUUUUGAAAUAGCCGUGUAGAGCUCAAACACCGCUUAUCCGUGAAACAGUACUAGCUAUUCAGGGUUAAAUAGCACUAAUAAAGCAUUAAAAAACAAAGGGGUUUUCACCAAUUUCCACUAUUUAGUUUUAUUACUGUUUCAUGGAUUAAGCAAUUGCGCUCUACUCUUGCAUGAUUUUUUUUUUUUUUUUACUUUUUCGGUAUUCCUAUGUCUUUUUUAUGUCAUUUUUCGUAGCUAAAUGGAAAAGUUGCACAAUAGUACCCAGGACUUCAACGUAUUAUCCACUCCCUGCGGGCGCAUGCAUAGAUGAUGAUCAUUGCAUGUGACAGCUGUCAAUCAA